AUUGUAUUCUCCAUUACUUUUUUUAACGACCAUCGCCAUGCUUCUAUCAAUCAAUCCUGCUGCCAAGCGCAUUGCCACGUCUGCUAUUGGAUCUGUCCGUACCCUUCUUAAUAAGGCCUCUAUUAUCGGGUAUGUUGGACAAGAUGCAGAGCUUAAUACUCCUAUUGAAAACCGCUCAGUUGUCCAUUUCUCAGUUGCUACUUCUGAAGUUCGUAAGGGUGCGGAUGGUAACUCUGUCCAGACGACUCAUUGGCAUAGAAUUGUGUCAUGGGAUCAAAAAAGGAAUCCAUAUUUGGCAGAUCGCGUCAAGAAGGGUGACAUGGUCUACGUAGAAGGGCCUAUCCAUUACCGUUCCUAUACUGCCAAGGACGGUAGCGAGAAACAGUUGACAGAAAUUGCCUUGAAAUCUUUCCGAGUACUUGCUCGCAAAGAUAACUCCAAGGAACAAUAAGCUUUACAUUGAUAUACUAUCAGGAAAGAACACUUUCAGACAGCAGUAGGACGAUUUCGUUAAUGAUAGACCUCCCUCGAUGGCGUUUCUUGAUCAUGUAGAAAAACUUUGGAAGAACACAGUGUACACACGUACAGAAUAGUCAAUAAUGCAA